AUGAGCGCCAAUCAAAAGGCCUGGGCCUCCGGACCUACACUCAGCAUCCGCAAUCGCCUUCCCAGUCCUAAAGCGGUUGCGGUGCCGCUUGCGGCAGCUCGUAAAUCUUCGAGAUUGAAAUUCAAUCCUUGCUGUGGGCAUCAGUAUAGUGCUACCCUCAUGGCGGCUAGGGCUGGUGACAUUGCCACUGCCAACGAUUUCCCUCAGAACUAUAACCAGUAUGGACGCGAAGUGGCGGCGGCAUGCCAUACGGUCGUGCGCAGAGAACAUAAGCUACGUGAAUUGACCAAGUCUCGAUGGCGAGAAAUCGAGACUAUCAUGUCGCGGACAUAUGUGCACAUUCAGUCGUUUUGGGCGAAAGCAUACCGGCAAUUCAAAGACAAUCCGGGCCGUGCCCUUCGGCCGAAGGCUCGCAAGGGUAACGCGUUGCAAAUCCAAGACGCGCAUCGGCCUCACCACUGCAAUCUUGUUGCACAGAGCACCAUUGCUGUUUGGACCAUGACGGCGCAGGCGAGGUUUGUGCGAGGCAAAUACGCAAAAGCCUCGGGCGGAGACUACGGUCUGCUUAAACAGCGGAAGCAGGCCGCUCCGGAUCAUGUAACACAAACAACCAACGACCGUCUUCAUCAAGACUUCAUAGAUAUCAUAUACUCUUUCUGGUAUCUAAAACGUUGUCGUCACUCCCUCUGUUGGCCCAUCUAUAUUAUUAAUGUGGGGCCUACGGCUACACGGAUUGGCAAGCCCUCAUGGUCACGUCCACCUUUCACGAUGUUCUCUGCAGAUAUUUGCCACAACAGCAUUCCGCUGUCAUGCAUCAUCUCCCAACCGAGCUCCUACACCGCCGCUGCAUUCAUAAUGAUAAACAUGCGGGUACCUGUCCCUGUCGACAUACUAGAAGACCUACAAUUCAUACUUAAAGGGCAGAGCGACG